AAAAAAUAAAUAAAGAAUCAAUAGUUUCAAGUAACCAGGAACUAUCGUUAAAUGUAAUGAGUUGUCCCAUUAGUUAAACACGCCAGAUUAUCUGUCAGAGGAAAGUGUUGUUUUGUAUUGAGACCAGUUGAAGGAGUUAGUAGUGUUGAAAUGUUGCCCUCUCUCUCUUCCCUUUCACGGGGCUCAAUUUGCAAUCAAGGAGGAGCCGCGAGUCCUCCGGGGUUUCUUCUGGAACCUGCUCCUCAAAUAUAAAGCGCUUCCCCCAUCCAGCAGGAAAGACUGAAUCAUAACUCACUAGGAGGAGCCGCUGCGCCAGCACAUGGGGUUUCUCUUAAAACCCUAACUGACAUCUGACUGUGGUUUGUAGUGAUUCAGUCUGUGAGGGAAGCGCCGCUGGAUAUAUAUACAUUUUUUUUCUUCAAAAAGUCAUUUUUGUUAUAGCUUCUCAGCCCGCAGUACACACAGAGACACGAAGCACAACUCGCAUCAAGAGAGAGUCAGACGCGCAUCUUAAGUUUGGAGAGGAGAGAGCGCGCAGAUGGCUGCUCUCAUCAGCGCGUACUCGUCGUGGCCGGAGUCCUUCGAGUGUCCUCCAGGAGACGGGGAUGGGACGGACGGACACGGCCCGCACAGGACUCCCGUGGACAAGGCGCCGGAGCCGCGGAUCAGACGGCCCAUGAACGCGUUCAUGGUCUGGGCCAAAGAUGAGCGCAAGCGGCUGGCGGUUCAAAAUCCAGACCUGCACAACGCCGAGCUCAGCAAGAUGUUAGGAAAGUCAUGGAAGGCCCUGACUCCCCCUCAGAAGAGGCCCUACGUGGAGGAAGCGGAGAGGCUCCGGGUGCAGCACAUGCAGGACUACCCCAACUACAAGUACCGGCCUCGCCGGAAGAAACAGCUCAAACGAAUUUGCAAGCGAGUGGACCCCGGCUUCCUGCUGAGCGGCCUGGCUCCUGAUCACAGCACCCUGCCUGAUCAACGAGCCCUCUGUCACCCCCUCGACAAAGACGACGGCGGCCCUAAUGGAGUCGGCGGCGGCUUUUCCAGCUCCAGCCCCGCUUUGCCCAGUGUCAGAAGCUUCCGGGACCCUGCCGGUUCCAACAGCAGCUUUGACACCUACCCCUACGGCCUGCCCACUCCUCCUGAGAUGUCCCCCUUAGAUGCCAUGGACCACGAGCAUGUCCCCCCUUCUUAUUACUCAACGUCUGGUAGCUCCUCCGUCUCCUGCUCUUCCUCAGCCUCCUGUCCAGACGAGCAUCACCAGAGCCAGACGCACAUGGGCAGCCCGCCUCCUUACCACACUGACUACACUCAGACCCAACUCCACUGUGGAGGCACACACUUAGCUCACAUCCCUCACAUGUCCCAAACCGGAGGCGGCGGUGGACUGAUCUCUGGGCCUCCUCUGUCCUACUACAGCUCCUCACCUUUCUCCCAAAUUCACCACGGGAUCCACCAGGGUCACCUGGGUCAGCUGUCUCCUCCACCAGAGACACAGGGACACCUGGAGACUCUAGACCAGCUGAGCCAGGCAGAGCUUCUGGGUGAAGUGGACCGCAACGAGUUUGACCAGUACCUGAACUCCACUGGGGGCGGGUUCCACCCUGAGCAGGGCAGCGGCAUGACCGUUACAGGACACAUUCAGGUGGCGUCAGCCGCGUCUGCCGCCGCAUGUCCCAGCAGCACCACGGAAACCAGCCUCAUUUCAGUGCUUGCGGACGCGACGGCGGCCUACUACAACAACUACAGCAUCUCGUAAGCGUUGUCACAGCAACUACCGUACUUGUGACUGAUCUCAGACCAGGGUUUAGAAGGAUGAAGAAAUUUGGGAUGAUGUUGCACGCGGGUGUUCAUGAAGACGUUAGAACGGCGUGCCUGUUAGCAGCCUCGAAAACCCUCGUUGGCAUCUACGAGCAGCUUCAUCCCACUAGUGAAAAACUGAAUCGAUUACUGAGCAAUAUGAUUGUCCGGAGCCGAGAAAAGAACAAAGAGCAAACGGAGGAAUAUGAAGAAAAAGGGAGAUGGACACCUCAGGGACGCAGACACUAAAUACUAUAAUAUGCCACCUCCAGCUGUCGUGAAAUUUCCAAGCCAGAAGAACAAUCGUAAAAGACUUUGUUUGUCCACUUGUAAAUGUCACCAGUAACUGUUGCCACCGAGGCAUGUACAGGCGCUCUUUAGAAGCUUAUUUAAGUCCUUUGAUGUUUUGCAUAAAUGCUACCUGUAAUGCUAUUAUCAACACUUCCCAUUCGAAUGUUUGUAUUGUAUGUUUUUACUCUCAUUAGCUUGGGAGUCUUACCUCAGUAGUUGUAAUUGAAUGAGGUUUUAGUUGGACAUUUCUUAUGCAAUUUAACAAAAUGGUGUAUAAUGAAGAAAGAAAGGCGUUUAUACUUCUUCCCAAGUACUUAAUAAUAUAUAAUCACCCACUGCAAUGAAAAAUAAUAAUGGUAAAUAUAACUGUAUGCUGAUUUAGGUUUGUGAAAGAUGAUAAUUUAAAAUAAAGGUCAGUUUUUUUUUUUAAUUAACACAAUUGCCACUU